AUGGCAGCAAACCCAGAAGAGACCAAGGCGGUAACUACCGAAGGCGCAGGACUCCUCAAUGAGGCUACUCCAGAGAAGCAGCCCGAGUCCAGCCCUGCGGUCGAGUCCACCGACAAAAAGGAGGACGCCAAGGCCGUGGACAAUGCAACUGCCGGAGUAGCUGAUCUCUCCGUCUCUGAGAAAAAGGAAGAGGAGAAGGAGAUAGAGAAGGUGAAGGCGGAAGAACCAAAGGAGGAGUCAAAGGAGGAGUCAAAGGAGGAGUCAAAGGAGGAGUCAAAGGAGGACAAAGAGGAUAGCAAGACGGAGGAACUACGACCGGCUACUACUACUGGCACAAUAACGCCUGCCAUUGCGACUCCUACUAGCGACGCGCAGCCCGAAGCUAGCACCGUCGAACCCACUACCGGUCCCGUAUGGCCCGAGACGGCGCCCGAGCAUCCUCUGACCAAGUUCUACGACGCGUUCGAAGCCCUCGUCGCCGAAGCACAGCACAGCGAGGUCUACGGCAUCGAGCUCAGCAAGUCCAACGCGUUCCACACCAAGCUCAUCCUGCAAAAGUUCCUGCGCGCCAACCAGAAUGACCUGACCAAGGCGAAGGCACAGCUCCUCGAGACGCUCAAGUGGCGCAAAUCGUUUGACCCCGUCAAGGCUGCCACCGAGACAUUCGACAAGGCCCGGUUCGAGGGUCUGGGCUACGUCCUUGAGGUUGAGGGCGUGCCCGAGAGCCCGAAUAAGAAGGAUAUUACCACGUUUAAUGUCUAUGGCGCUGUCAAGGAUAACAAGGCUACGUUUGGGGAUUUGGAUGGCUUCCUUCGCUGGCGCGUCGGCCUCAUGGAAAAAUCCGUCCAAGCCCUCUCCCUUUCCACCGCCGCAGCCCCAAUCCCCAACUACGGCGAGGGACCGGACCCUUACCAAGGCUUCCAAGUCCACGACUACCUCCAAGUCUCCUUCAUCCGCCGCGACCCCCUCGUCAAGGCAGCCACCAACAAAACGAUUGAGAUUCUCGGGCAACACUACCCGGAGACGCUGUCGCGCAAGUUCUUUGUCAAUGUCCCCGCGAUUAUGGGGUGGGUGUUUACCGCAGUGAAGCUCGUUGUGGCCAAGGAGACGAGCAGGAAGUUUGUCGUCCUGAGUGAUGGGAAGCAACUUGCUACGCAGUUGGGCAAGGGCGUGCCGAAGAGUUAUGGGGGUGAGAAGCCCGAGUUGGCCGAGUGUGCGGAGACGAUGGCUUUGGCUUGA